AGCUCUGAUUGGCUGUGUUGGACGCCAGUCGCUAAUCCACCCCUCUUUGAUUGGCCAUCUAGCCGCCGCUCUGCGCGGCGCCGGCUCCGCCCCCGUCGGGUAUUUGUGGUGGGGCUGCGGAGUCGCCGAUCCCGCCGGAAGCGCCAGGACAAUGGGGACCCGGGACGACGAGUAUGACUACCUAUUCAAAGUGGUGCUCAUCGGGGACUCGGGCGUGGGCAAGAGCAACCUGCUGUCUCGCUUCACCCGCAACGAGUUCAACCUGGAGAGCAAGAGCACCAUCGGCGUGGAGUUCGCCACCCGCAGCAUCCAGGUGGACGGCAAGACCAUCAAGGCGCAGAUCUGGGACACAGCUGGCCAGGAGCGCUACCGCGCCAUCACUUCCGCGUACUACCGCGGCGCAGUGGGUGCCCUGCUAGUGUACGACAUCGCCAAGCACCUGACCUAUGAGAACGUGGAGCGCUGGCUGAAGGAGCUGCGGGACCAUGCGGACAGCAACAUUGUCAUCAUGCUGGUGGGCAAUAAGAGCGACCUGCGCCACCUGCGGGCUGUGCCCACCGACGAGGCCCGCGCCUUCGCAGAAAAGAACAACUUGUCCUUCAUUGAGACCUCAGCCUUGGAUUCCACCAACGUAGAGGAAGCGUUCAAGAACAUCCUCACAGAGAUCUACCGCAUCGUGUCACAGAAGCAGAUCGCGGACCGCGCAGCCCACGACGAGUCCCCUGGCAACAACGUGGUGGACAUUAGCGUGCCGCCUACCACCGACGGACAGAAACCCAACAAGCUGCAGUGCUGCCAGAACCUGUGACUGCCCCGCGCCUCGGUCCCAGCGUGCGUGCUCGUCCUCCGCCUGCCCCCACCACGGUGUCCUCCCGGCCCCUCCCCACUGUCCCUCUGUGACCGGCUCGCUCCCGCCCUCCCAGUGAGCUCCUCGCGUCAGGGCUAGGGCCCAGGAAAAGCAGGAGUCAGUGGCACCUCCUGUCCUGCCCGGGGAAAGCUGGAAGCCCCAGCUCGCUGUACCCACUCAGCUCGGGUCCCCGCCGGCAUCUUGGCAGGCUAGGAAGGGCAGCAAGUUGGACAAGCCCGGCCGGAGACAAGGAGGACGGGCAGAUGGAGCCGGCUUCUCCUCUUUUCCUCGGCAGACUCCAAGGAACGAUUGCCUUCCUCCCUGUCUGGCCAGCUGGCCACACUGGCCGGUCGCCCCCACCCAGAACCCCACUCGGGGCUGAAGCCCGAAGAGCCCGGACAGGCAGACCCUCUUGGCUGCGGGCACCUGCCCACGCACUGGCCGCCCACCUCUGUGCGUGCGCGACCCCAGCUCCGCCUGCAGAUUGUCGCUGGGAGAAGCCUGUUCCCGUCUUGCCCUCCUCUUGCACGCAGCGCGCCCCCUUGGCCCUCCCCGUCAGCCCCCUUCUGUCUUGUCUCCCGUCUGGUCUGGAACCUGUUUGCAAGUGAAGCAAUAUCUCCGUGUUUUGUAUAUACAACCGCUCUUGUAGCCUUUGGUUUUUGUUAUUGUAGAGAAACACAGAUACUUUAUACACUUUGUAAGAUUUACGCCAAA